AAUUUUGAAUUAAUUGAAUUAAAAUUAAAAAGGUUAGAAGUAGUUUACUCUUGCGAGUGAGGAAGGCAAGCUCGAUACGACCCGAUCUGACCCGACCCGUUUAAACCAGUGGGGACCCAUGGUAAUAUUCACCAUAACUGACACCGUGUAAAUUACUCCCUCCUUCUCCGACACCCGGCAGCUCCUAAGCACGGCGUGUGUAGUGUUGGUCAGUGUUCACUCUUCACUCUCUCUCUCACGAGGAUUUGUAUUUUUUCGCAAAAGCAGAAGCAGAAGAAGAAGAAUCAAAGGUGGAGCAGUUGAAGACGAUCGGUAGGGAGCUAUCCAUGGGCUCCCAGGGCCAAUCCAAGGAGUUUCUCGAUUUCAUCAAGUCCAUCGGCGAGGCCCGAUCCAAAGCCGAAGAGGACCGCAUCGUCAUCCGCGAGAUCGAAACCCUAAAACGCCGCAUCAACGACGCCGACAUCCCCAAACGCAAGAUGAAGGAGUACAUCAUUCGCCUCCUCUACGUCGAGAUGCUCGGUCACGACGCUUCCUUCGGUUACAUUCACGCCGUCAAGAUGACUCACCACGACAAUCUCCUCCUCAAACGCACCGGUUACCUCGCCGUUACGCUCUUCCUCAGCGACGACCACGACCUCAUUAUCCUCAUCGUUAACACCAUCCAGAAAGACCUCGCUUCCGACAACUACCUCGUCGUCUGCGCCGCGCUUAACGCCGUUUGCAGACUCAUCAACGAGGAAACCAUCCCCGCCGUGCUUCCACGUGUCGUCGACCUUCUCAACCACCCCAAGGACACCGUUAGGAAAAAGGCCGUUAUGGCGCUUCACCGUUUUCACCAGAAAUCUCCAUCUUCCGUUUCUCACUUGCUAUCGAAUUUCCGCAAGAGACUCUGUGAUAACGACCCUGGGGUAAUGAACGCUUCUCUUUGCCCUCUUUUUCAUCUCAUUUCCGACGAGGCUGAUUCUCACAAGGACCUCGUCGCUGGCUUCGUUAGCGUUCUUAAGCAAAUUGCAGAACACAGGUUGCCUAAGACCUAUGAUUAUCAUCAAAUGCCUGCGCCGUUCAUUCAGAUUAAGUUACUGAAAAUGCUUGCAUUGUUGGGAAGUGGUGACAAGCAAGCCAGUGGGAACAUGUACACUGUGCUCGGUGAUAUAAUUAGGAAGAGUGAUUCGGUGACUAAUAUAGGGAAUGCUGUUCUCUAUGAGUGCAUAUGCUGUGUUGCUUCCAUAUAUCCCAAUCCUAAGCUAUUAGAGGCUGCUGCCGAUGUUAUUGCGAAAUUUUUGAAGAGUGAUAGUCACAAUCUCAAGUACAUGGGAAUUGAUGCUCUUGGUCGGUUGAUAAAGUUAAGUCCGCAUGUUGCAGAACAACACCAACUGGCUGUCAUUGACUGCUUAGAGGACCCUGAUGAUACUCUGAAGCGAAAAACUUUUGAACUGCUAUACAAAAUGACCAAGUCCUCCAAUGUAGAAGUGAUUGUUGACCGUAUGAUUGAUUACAUGAUUAGCAUUAGUGAUGAUCAUUAUAAGACUUAUAUAGCAUCUCGAUGUGUGGAACUUGCCGAGCAAUUUGCACCAAGUAAUCAUUGGUUUAUACAGACCAUGAAUAAAGUUUUUGAGCAUGCUGGAGAUCUUGUGAAUAUCAAGGUUGCACAUAAUUUGAUGCGGUUGAUUGCUGAAGGAUUUGGAGAGGACGAUGAUGCUGCAGAUAGUCAGUUGAGAUCAUCUGCUGUUGAAUCAUAUUUGCGCAUUAUUGGAGAGCCAAAGCUUCCAUCUGUGUUUCUUCAGUUCAUCUGUUGGAUUCUGGGGGAAUAUGGCACAGCUGAUGGAAAGUAUUCUGCUUCCUAUAUUAGUGGGAAGUUAUGUGACAUUGCAGAGGCAUAUUCUAAUGAUGAAAAUGUUAAGGCUUAUGGAAUUUCAGCAUUGAUGAAAAUUUAUGCAUUCGAAGUAGCAACUGGGAGGAAAGUGGAUAAUAUCCUGCCUGAGUGUCAAUCUUUGAUUGAAGAAUUAUUGGCAUCCCACUCUACAGAUUUGCAGCAACGUGCAUAUGAAUUGCAAGCCCUUAUAGGUUUGGAUGCACGAGCAGUUGAAAUAAUAAUACCACGAGAUGCGAGUUGUGAAGACAUUGAGAUCGAUAAGAAUCUUUCUUUCCUCAAUGGUUAUGUCCAGCAGUCUCUAGAAAGGGGUGCUCAACCCUACAUUCUUGAGGAUCAGCGCACUGGAUUGGGAAAUAUGAGCAACUUCAGAAGUCAAGAUCAACGCGAAUCUCUGCAGCAUGGUCUGAAAUUUGAGGCAUAUGAACUUCCAAAGCCUCCAAUGCAAUCGAAAGUUGCUCCAGUUUCAUCUGCAUCCCGAGUAGACAUUGUUCCAGUACCUGAGGCAUUGUCUUCUAGGGAGAACCAGCAUAUCUCAUCAGUGGGAUCAGUAUCAGAGGCUGGAUCUUUGGAGCUUAAGCUACGGCUUGACGGUGUUCAGAAGAAGUGGGGUAGACCAACUUAUUAUUCAUCUCCAAGCACAUCUGCCUCUACCUCGUAUUCUACUUCCCAAAAACCAACAAAUGGGGCAACUCAGGUGGAUGGUGCUUCAGCUGUCAAUUCAAAAGUACGUGAUAGUUAUGAUUCAAGAAAGACACAGGUUGAGAUUUCUCCAGAAAAGCAGAAGCUUGCUGCUUCAUUGUUUGGUGGUUCAACUAAACCUGAGAAAAGAUCAUCCACUAGUCAUAAGGUUCCAAAAGCUAGUGCAAGUGCUGCAGAAGGAUCUCAGGGAUCAAAGGCUGCAGUUGUUCACAGCGAAGUAGCUGUGGAGAAAACAAUCCAUCAACCAACACCUCCUGAUUUGCUCGACUUGGGUGAACCAGUUGUCACUACAGCUCCUCCCCUUGUGGAUCCAUUCAAGCAAUUGGAAGGUCUUCUUGACCCGGGCAUUAAUUCUGCAACAAAUCAUAAUGUAGGUGUAGCUACAAAUGCGCCUGAUAUUAUGGAACUCUAUGCGCAUACUACUACAAGUGGGCAGAGUGACAGUGGUGGUGUUUAUUCUAUCCCUGUGAGUGGAGAUAAUGUAAAUCUUUUAUCUGAGUUGUCAAAUGCAGCUGUAAGAGGUACUAGUGAAGAAAUAAUUGUGACGACUUUGUCUCAACCUACGAAGGGUCCAAAUGCUAAAGAUUCUUUGGAGAAGGAUGCAUUAGUGAGGCAAAUGGGCGUGAACCACUCAAAUCAGAAUCCCAACUUGUUCAGUGACUUGCUUGGUUAAUCCGGUUACUAAGCCAACUCUAGAUCAUGAUGUUUGAGGAUAGAUUGCCUACCACUUACUGCUUGUCUAGUUGCCUGAAACAGUCUGUGAUCGCAUAUAUGCACUUGAAUAAGUCAUUAUCAGGCAUGGAUGAUUGCAUCCCCCUAGAAUGGGUUGAUUAAACGUCCAGGAAUGAUGGCUGAACCAGGUAAAGGUUGUACUCGUUGCAGAAUAGCUUUUGUAACUAUUGAAUGCGCGAGGCUUUCUUUGCCACAUCCAGGAUUUGGUCCACUCUAGACUUUAAGAAAGGGUACCGUUAUGCACGGUCAUACCGUUGCCAUUUAAGCUUAAUAGGAAGUUCUGGGUCAUCUUUGUUGUACCAAAGCUGUAUUUUGUUUUUUUAACAUUUAUGUGCAUUUUUCUGUGUCCAUAAGAUGGUUUUUCAACAGCGAGAAGCUUGAUAUUGUGGUUAAUAAUAUCAGUUUGAUGUGAAUGACAUUUGUACUGGUGAUUAUUUUAGAGAUGGUAAUGGGGGAUUAGGUUCAUCUAUUCCUUUAUAGAAUUACGGAUAUGCUCACGAUUGGCCCAGUUGUGUUUCCUUUGUUGCGUUCGCUCUCUCGUCAUGUUUUUUAUUUUUGUUUAUGUUAUCCAUGCUGACAUUAUUAAAUUGAUUGUAGUUCAAUUUCUGUAGAACUUUGUCACAUUAUCACGGCCUCUUCAAAAUGUAAUAUUAACAGUUUUAUGAGAUCCCAUAAACAAGUUUUACGUGAAUCGAAAUUAAAAAUUUAUUA